AUGACACCACACGCUUAUCUGCCGCCUAUCCUUGAUUUCCUUCCCACAGAUCGGACAUACCGCUUUUCCCCACUCGAAGGGAGUACACCUCGAAAAGCCCUCCUCCUAUUGAAAGCCCUCCUCCUCCUCCUCCUCCUCCUCCUCCCCAAACUCAGGGUUCCACCAACUGCCGACCCAAAGGGUUCCACCAAGGUCAACAAAGUCAUCAAGGUGCUGGAAGCGCAGAGUCUCAUCAAGGAGGUCAAAGGAGCUUCCGGACGCAAGAAGAUGUACAUCCUGUAUGACCUUGAACUUGACCUGAACCAGUGCAGAAGUCCAUGGGUGAAUUUAGAGGGCGAGGCCGAGGUGGAGUUCAUUCGAAUAGUGCUGGACUAUCAAGCGAAAGAAAAAUAUCCUGACGAUUCAAUAACGCGACACCACGCAUGUUUUGUUUCCAUUGCCGAAAUAGCCAGUCUGAUCAAAGGACUGAACGUUAGCAAAGUGGACCUGAAGCCGCAGGAUAUAGAAGCUCUGAUGGAUCUUCUGGUGUACGAUAGCAAAGCGGAAAAGAACGUGAAAGGGUCUACCGAAUUGGAGCACUCGACCUCGUACAAAUUGAUCCCAUCGUUGCUCCCCCCUUCGGGAUUAGUGUGUACACCCUGUGGAAUUUGUCCGGUGAAAAAAGACUGCUCCCCAAUCGGAGAUAUCACGCCGGUUACUUGUGAAUACUUCAACGACUAUUGGCUGCCAAAUCAAACUGGCUUCUAGCGUGAUCAGUUGUCCUAAACAAAGCCAGAUCCAGCAAAAACAAAUAUUUUGAAACAUUCUGUUGUUCUCUGUUUGGAGAUGGACUUGAGUUUAUUUUAAUUUACGACUGUCUUUACUUUGUAAUUCACAGUGAUGAAUA